AUGACUUGUAAACUGCACUCACUUCUGCUGCUCCUACUUGGAGUGGUGAUUCUCACCACUCCGGUCUUUGCUUCCUUCAAGCCACGCUUCUUCUACGACCCUCCUCCAACUCACAAACCACCCACCUACCAACCACCGCCGCCGCCGCCGCCGCCACCACCACCACACCCUCCAUAUCAUCAUCCUCCACCACAAUAUCAACCUCCUCAUGGAAAACCUCCACCAGAAUACCAACCUCCUCACGAAAAGGCACCACCUGAAUAUCAACCUCCUCACGAGAAACCACCGUCAGAACACCAACCUCCUCAUGAGAAGCCACCACCUGAAUACCAACCUCCUCAUGAAAAACCACCUCAUCAGAAACAACCACCUUAUGAAAAGCCACCACCAGAAUACGAGCCCUCCCCACCAGAAUACCAACCUCCUCAUGAAAAGUCACCACCGGAGUACCAACCUCCACAUGAGAAGCCACCACCGGAAUACCAACCUCCUAAUGAAAAACCACCACCCGAAUAUCAACCUCCUCAUGAGAAACCACCACCAGAAUAUUGGCCUCCUCAUGAGAAACCACCACCGGAAUACCAACCUCCUCAUGAGAAGCCACCACCGGAGUACCAACCUCCUCAUGAGAAGCCACCACCGGAGUACCAACCUCCUCAUGAGAAACCACCACCGGAGUACCAACCUCCUCAUGAGAAACCACCACCGGAGUACCAACCUCCUCAUGAGAAACCACCACCAGAAUACCAACCUCCUCAUGAGAAACCACCACCAGAAUACCAACCUCCUCAUGAGAAGCCGCCAGAGUACCACCCUCCUCAUGAAAAACCACCACCAGAACACGAACCUCCUCAUGAAAAACCACCACCAGAACACGAACCUCCUCAUGAAAAACCACCACCAGAACACGAACCUCCUCAUGAAAAACCACCGCCAGAACACGAACCUCCUCAUGAAAAACCUCCACCUGUGUAUGAACCUCCUUAUGAAAAAUCACCACCAAAACAUGAACCUCCUUAUGAGAAGACACCACCAGUGUAUGAACCUCCUUAUGAAAAACCACCACCGGUUUAUGAACCCCCUUAUGAAAAAUCACCACCAGUCUAUGAACCUCCUUAUGAGAAAUCACCACCUGUGUAUGAACCCCCUUAUGAGAAAUCACCACCUGUGUAUGAACCCCCUUAUGAGAAGUCACCUCCAAUAGUGUACCCACCCCCACUAUACCACCCUCCAUACGAGAAACCACCAUUUUACGAGCCACCACCAUUGGAGAAGCCACCAAUCUACAACCCCCCACCUUAUGGCCACUAUCCACCAUCCAAGAAAAACUAAUAACCAGUGCCCAAGAUCACAUGUUUUGGUCUGCUCAAAGUUAGACCUGUCGUUUGUCGUAUAAAGUUUUUUGUUUGCGUUUAGGAAGCACUUUUAAUAUGUGAAGUACGUACAACCUCUCCUUUCUGCAUGCACUGUUUCUUCAGAAUAAAGGCUCUACGCCUCUUUGUAAUGUAUAAUUUCAGUUUCCCUUUCAUAUAAAUAAAUAUUGUAAUGUCAAUUAUCAGU